CGCGGUCCAGUACAUAAGCGGAUGGCCGAUGGCCCGUUAACUUUCCCGGCCCACUUCCUUACGCGCGGGGCUCCUCCUUCCAUCAGCAUGGAGCGUCUCAGGGAUCCUGCAGCACUCCCUUUCAAGUCCGCUUCAACUCUGGUCUCCCCCGGUUCCUUUCUCUUCAAUCCCAAAUCAACUCAUCCCACGGGGGUUCCCGCUUCUCGUCCACCUCAGCGUCGCAAUAUGGACAAAUCUCAGCAGCCUAGUUCCUUCCAGCAGCUGGAAAAGCUCGGAGAAGGCACUUAUGCCACUGUCUUCAAGGGGCGCAAUCGCCAGACGGGCGAGAUGGUGGCGCUGAAGGAGAUUCACCUGGACUCCGAGGAAGGCACUCCGUCGACCGCGAUCCGUGAAAUCUCACUGAUGAAGGAGCUCAAGCAUGAGAGCAUCGUCUCCCUCUACGACGUGAUCCACACUGAGAACAAGCUUAUGCUCGUCUUUGAGUUCAUGGACCGCGAUUUGAAGCGGUACAUGGAUACCCGCGGAGAUCGGGGUCAACUGGACCCAGCCACCAUCAAAUCAUUCAUGCACCAGCUGCUCAAGGGCAUUGCCUUCUGCCACGAGAACCGCGUGCUGCACCGUGAUCUCAAGCCUCAGAACCUCCUGAUCAACAAGAAGGGACAGCUCAAACUGGGUGAUUUCGGUCUGGCUCGCGCCUUCGGUAUCCCGGUGAACACCUUCUCCAACGAGGUCGUCACCCUGUGGUAUCGUGCCCCAGACGUCCUCCUCGGAUCCCGCACCUACAACACUAGCAUCGACAUCUGGUCUGCCGGCUGCAUCAUGGCCGAGAUGUACACGGGUCGCCCGCUGUUCCCGGGUACCGCCAACGAGGACCAACUGGUCAAGAUCUUCCGGUUGAUGGGAACACCCUCCGAGCGCUCCUGGCCCGGAAUCUCCCAGCUCCCCGAUUACAAGCCUACCUUCCACGUGUACGCUACUCAGGAUCUGGGCGUGCUCCUGCCCCAGAUUGAUCCUCUGGGUCUGGAUCUGCUGAACCGCAUGCUUCAGCUGCGUCCAGAGAUGCGUAUUAGCGCAAGCGAUGCCCUCCAGCACCCUUGGUUCCAUGAUCUACCCCAGGUCCAGGCUCAGUUACAACAGCAGCAACAGCAGCAGCAGAUGGCCGGCGGAUAUGGAGGCAUGGUCCCUCCUCAAUCAGCGUACUAGAUGAGAGUCUCCAGUGCCGGGAGCUGGUUAGCCGCGAUUGCUGAAAAUUGCGCAUAACGAGAUGACGAGCUCAAUUUAGACAAAUUUGGAGAAAUGGGAGGGUCCGGCGUUUUUGUUUUUCUCGAUGAUGGGUUGUGUUUUUUUAUCAUCAUUUUUUUUUUUUUUUGCAUUGUUCUCUUCUCGAAAUUCCAGCAUAUCCAUUUCAAGCUCUCUUUCCCUGGCUCGUUUCCUUGCGAUAGUGUUUGAGUUUCAUGUCAGUCUUACAUAUUUGGGUCAUGAUUUGCAAGAUAAUGGAGUGAGUCUGUUGCUGGUCCGCGUGCUGGUUUGUGGAAUUACUAUGCAUUAUCUUCGCCUUGACGGCAAAAAUAUCAAAAUCUUCUCGACGAGUAAUUGCAUUUUGAUGACCCAAGUAUUUCCAGGUGAAGAUCCUUUUCACGGUCAACCUGGUAGACUUCAUCUUCGG